AUGGAUUUUCUAGCACAGGUAAACUUUAAGAGGGAGUUGACCUACCCCAUCUGCCUGGAGCUUCUGACAGAGCCCCUGAGCCUGGACUGUGGCCACACCUUCUGCUGAGAUUGCAUCACUGCAAAGAACAGGGACUCCCAAGGAGGGGAGAGCAACUGUCCUGUGUGCCAGUGCAAAUAUCAGCUUCAGAAUCUCUGACCUAACCACCCUCUGGCCGGCAUUGUGGAGAGAGUCAGGGAAAAUAGGAGCCCACAGAAGAAAAAGUUCUGUGAGAAUCAUGGAAAAACACUCUGUGUCUUCUGUAAGGAGCAUGGGAAGGCUGGUUGCCAGCACACUGCAGUGUCUCAGGAGUAUCACGGUCAUCAUAUAUUCCUCACAGAGAAGGUGGUCAAGGAAUGUCAGGAGAAACUCCAGGCAACGCUGAAGAAGCUGAGGAAGGAGCAGCAGAAAGUAGAAGAGCUUGAAGUUGACAUCAGAGAGGAGAGAGAUUCCUGGAAGAAUCAUAUGCAGACUGAGAGACAAAGGAUUCUGAAAGAGUUUAAUGAAAUGAAAGGCCUCCUGGACAGCAAGGAGAAGAGGGUGUUGCAAAAGCUGGAGGAAGACAAAGUAAAUGUGUUGGAUAACUUGGUAGUGGCCAGAGACCAGCUGGACUGGCAGAGGCAGUACUUGAGAGGGCUCAUCUCACACAUUGAGCAUCAGAUAUGGGGGUCCUCAGAAGACAUGAUGCAGGAUUUGAUUAAUGUCAUGAGAAGGAGUGAGAGCUGGAUUUUGAAGAGGCCAAACAUUGUUUCCAAGAAACCGAAGAGUACAUACCAAAUUCCAGAUCUGAAAGGGACGCUGCAAGUGUUUAAAGUGGACGUGAUGCUGAAGCCAGUCAAUGCUAUUUUGAAUAUUACCAUUUCUGCAGAUAAAAGACAGGUAAAAGGCAUACAAGAUUUCUCUCUUCAAAAUAUACAUCUAUGUAGUUUCUCUCUUUUUGAUGUCUUGGGUUGCCAGCAUUUCUCCUAAGGGAAGUAUUACUGGGAAGUAGAUGUGUCUGAGAAGAUCGCCUGGAUCCUGGGGGUGCACAGUAAAGCAAGAAGCCCCAAGAGAAAGGGGAGUUCUGGGUUUGUUUUUGAUCCGAAUGUAUAUCUUCCAGAUGUUUACUCCAGAUACAACCCUCAAUUUGGCUACUGGGUUGUUGGGUUACAGAAUGAAUCUGGUUAUAAGGUUUUUGAGGAGUCUUCCACCUUUGAUCCCAAGGUCUUGACUCUUUGCAUGACUGUCCCUCCCCGUAUUGGGGUUUUCCUAGACUAUGAAGCAGGCAUUGUCUCAUUUUUCAAUAUCGCAAACCAUGGGUCACUCAUCUACGAGUUUUCUAGAUGUCAGUUUUUUCAGACUACUUAUCCGUAUUUUAAUCCUUGGAAUUGUCCAGUCUCCAUCAUCCUGUGCCCACCAAGCUCCUGAACCUCUUGGCACCCCCCUCACUUUUGUGUAGUGCUCCUUGUCCUUGGGGCUCAUCUCCUACACCUGAGCUCAUAUGCACCAUUCUGAAACCUCUUCCUUCUUUUCUCCAUCUUUUAUUUUAGAAUGUCUUUGGAAGAGUCUGCUAGCACUGCUGUAACAAAUUUCCACAGAGUGGGUGGCUUAAACAACAGAAAUUUCUUGUCUCACAGUUGUGGAGGCUGGAAGUCUAACACCAAGGUGUCAGCAAAGUUGGCUUUUUUCUGAGGGCUGUGAGGGAAGGGUCUGUUCCUUGCAUUGUAGGUGGCUGUCUUCUCUCUGUGUCUAUUCAUAUCACCUUCCCACCGUUGCAUGUCUCUGUGUCUAAAUCUCCCCUUUUCUAAGGACACUAAUCAGAUUGGAGCAGGGCCCAUCCUAAUUACAUCAUUUGACUUAAUCACCCCUGUAAAGACCCUCUCUCCAAAAGAUCACACUCUGAAAUAUUGGGGGUUAGGAUUGUAACAUAUGAACUUAAGGGGAACACAAGUCAACUCAACAGUCUUUUGCAUGUCUUUGCCAUGCAGCGAAAGCUUUAACCUUUUUCUACAUAAUAUUUUGUUCUCACUAGGAAAUAAUAUUUUUUUUCUUAUUCGUUUUUGUUUAUUAUGAGGAGAGGAUGCUUAUUUGCAAAGGGAACACAUGUAAUCCUUUCUGUAGAAAGACCAGUAUUGCUGUACCACAUCUGACAUCUCUUUUCCUCAUUCCCUCUGCUGUUUAAUGGAAUUAACAAGGAAAACUUAUCAAUUCUACCCCUAUACAUAGGACUUAGGACAGUGCAUAGGAAUCUGUCAUUUGGUAGUGAAUCCUUCAGAGUGUGUUGCUUUACAAUGGCACCCCUUUAUAUGACGGAGUUAAAGCAGAAGUGCACAAAUAAAAUAUUUACCAAGAGUGGAUUUUUGGUGCUCAGAGUUUCUGAGGUCAAAUCUCAUGUCUUUACUUACAAGUUGUGUAAACUUGAACAAGUUACUUAGCACCUCUUGGUCUCAUUUUCCUAAAAUAAAAAAUUCAUGUUAAAGAUUGUACCUACUUCCUAGGGUCACUUUGAGAAACCAAAUUUUAUUAGAUGUGAAGCACUUAUCUAAGAGUCUUACAUGAAAGAGUAAACAUUUGUUAUUGCUGAAAAAAUAUAAGCUGUAUUAAUGAGGAACAAUUUUUUGUUUUGUUCUGGUUUGGUUUUGCUUUAAUAAAAUGAUAAUUGGCUCACUGAAGUCUCAUUUCCCAGAUUCCAAAACUCCACUGCAGACAAUAUGAGUUUUCAUGUUGUGUCGUGUAGAGAGCGUCAUGUCUAGGCUCAGCUGUGCUGAUGAAAGACAGCCUUCUGGUGUUCAGUCCUUGUCCUUGUGGUGAAACAUCUGAGUAUGCCUCUGCAUUUACCACCCUAUGCACUCUUCUUCUCCUUCUCCUCCUCCUCCUCCUCUCCCUUCUCUUCCCACUCCCCAUCUCCUCCCCCCUCCUUCUUCCUCCUCCUCUUUCUCUUCCUCCCUCUCCCUCCUCCUUCUUCUCCUUCUUUUUCUUCUUCUUCCUCUUCUUUGUCAGAAUAUGAAAUGAAGAAUAGAACUACCUAGGAUAGUGAAGACACAGAUUGCUCUUUGAGAAGCAUGCAUUAUAAAAUAGAGCAGACUAUGCCACUGUACAAAAUUUGAAUCAAGAUUCACAGGACUUUAGAGAAAGAUGCAUACCUUGGCCAUGCUGGAUGAAAAUGAAAGUGUCUGGCGCGGGAUCAAUAUUUAUAUGUCUGUCUAUAUACACACAUGCAUACACACGCAUGUACACCUAUGGGUAUAUAUACCUGUAACCUUUUGUAUAAAUACGUGAAUAUAUAUUAACAUCGUUCUGGUUAGUCUUUACAAAUAUCCUAAGAGGAAGAAAUUUAUAUCAGGAGAUUAAAAGGGUUUACAAACGGAAGAAAAAAAUUCUAGAAGUUUGUAAGCUGUUAGAAUUUUCCCCUAAGGUUUCAAGGCUAAUGAGUGACAGAGGCAAGAUUAGUACCAGCUGUGUGCUACUCCUACACCUGUGUGCUCUCCUCUGCACCACACCACAGAGAAGGCAGCAACUUGACUCCCAGGGAUAUGGGGAAGGAGGGAGAGCCAGAAAAUGCUGUCUGCAGGAGGAGCCUGGCCAUCUUAGGGCAAACCUUAGGUGCCAUGAAAUUCAAUUUGAUAUGCUCAAUCCAUAUAGCCCAAAUGAGACAGUAGUAGGUCAUAGAUAAUAUUAUGCUGAGCUUCUUCAUGGCCACCAUGCCACUGUGGAUGACAUGAAGAAAAUGUCCCCACCUUUUAAUGUAGACGGUGAACACUAUAAUUGGACAGUUACAAAGCUGGACUCUGAAAACAGACCAAAUUUUGUGUAAUGAUGAUAUAAUCCCUUUGUGGCCCUUAUCAAAUUAACUAAUUUUUAUUGGAUUCAAUUUUUCAUGUAUAAAACAAAUAAAAAUAGUAAAACUUUCCUGAUGGGGAUGUUGUAGAAAUUAAAUAAGAGGUUAGUUGUGAUAACCUGCUGUUUUCUAGCAUGUAAGCAUUGACCCAGAGUGUGCCUAUUGAUGCUUUUUAUUGAUUUAUUUUCCGACUUGAAAUAAAUGAUUUUAAGAAAGCACAUUCAUUCAUUUUAAAAUAAUUAACUUUGCUUUCAAGAAAUAGGAUAGUUUGAGUAAAGAAUCAGUGUUUAAAAUUUUUUUCUAUCCAGUUAAAAAAAUAUUACAUUAUUGUAAAAAUUACUUCAUUCUCAUCACCUCCUGUAAUUGUAAUAGCCUCUUUAACUUAAUAGACUACACAAAAUUGUAUUUAUUUUCUCCUGCUAUGUAACAAACUAUCACAAAUUUAGUGGUAGGUUUAGAUUUUAGGCUUAAAAGAAUACCCAAUUAUUAUGUCAUGGUUUCUGUGGAUCAGGAGUCUGGGUAAAGUUUUUCUGGGUUCUCUCCUUUAGGGUCUCACCGGAAUAUGCUCAAGGUGCCAGCUGACAUACAGAUGAGAGCAGGGAAGUGGCCUUAUCUAAACUCUUUUCAGAUGUAAACAAGACUAGGAAUUAAGCAGACCCCUGUCUCUAGUAGGGACCAGAUGCUCUUUGCCAAGGUUAGAGUUCAAUGAGAAGAUUAAAGAGAAUCGCACUUUUUAGGCAUUUUAUACAUCCGUGCACUGGUUACUGUGAUCCCUUAUUCCCUGACACCAAAUGAUGAAAAAACAGACACUAUGCUCUGAUUUGGGGUCUGAAGCCACCACCAUUUAAAGAAAAAACUAUUCAGGACACUUGUUAAAGAUGUAAGGUAAGGAGGACUUUAUUCUAGGGGGGCUGCCAGAGUUGAGCCAGAGAGAUUGGCUCAACUCUGAGUACAAUAAAGAAAAGUGGGGAUGUAGAGCCAAGGAACAGGGUCAGAGGUUACUAGAUGGGAUACUAAGGGGCCUGAGUUCAGUUCAGGAGAGAAUCUUUGUCAGCACCCAGGCCUUUGCCUAAACCUGACAAUGGGUAGGUGUCUCUGGGCCCCUACAAACUUCUACUGUGAUGCCCCCCACUGCUGAAGGUAUUAUUGAUAUUGUUAAAUUGUCUGUGUGCACCUUUGCUAGUCUUUGCCCCUGAGCCAUGUUAGGGAUAUUUUUGUGGGGCAUGUGGAGGACUGUAAGCCAACAUGAUUCCUGGGCAGUAGUAAAUGGCCAGGCUAUUUGAUUGGGCUGCUAGAGAACCUGAGCCUGGCAUAUAAAACAAGUUUCCCUGUGGAGAUGGAACAGUUGGAGAAAAAUUAGUUCUGCUCCUAAUAAGUGUUUGUGAUCCAUGUGGAUGCUCAGCAGAGAGGACCUACACUUGGCCAAGGAAACAAUCAAUGAGCAGACCAUGAUUGUCAACUAAAUGUGGAGACUAAAAGUGUCUUCUACCCCAAAGCAAACAGGUUUGUGACCAAUCUUCUCUUGAAUUCAGGUGAGGAUGGCCUUGGAAAAUCUAGGAAAAGCCUACAUGCACAGACUGCCACUGUCAGAAGCAAAUACUGAAAUAGUAUAAAAAGCUUGUCCCUGACUCUGGUCAAGGCUAAAAUCACUGCCCAAGGACAGAAUCCCCAAACUGCCCAAGGGCCAAAUAUAUUCUUGGCCAGUAGAACAUCCUGCCUAACAUCAAACCCCUUGUCCCAUCAGAGCUCUCACUCAGCCCUGUCUACAGUUGACUUUCUUUGUAUUUGUCCUAACACUCCCAUGCAUUCCACUGACUCAAGCCAUGGUAUCCAGGCCCUACAAGGCCAUAUUUGUUUCCUGUUAGGUUUCCUGAGCACUUUGCCUCUGAUAAUGGCCCCGGAUUAGCAGCCCAAGCUACAAAUCAGUGGACCUAAUCAUGGGACACAUGGUGGACUCUUCAUGCUUCAUGCCACACUCAAGCCACAAAGGAAACUGAGUAUUUUAAUGAACAAUUACAGGAUGGAAUUUUGUAGCUGAUGAAGAGAUAAGACAACCCCAGCCUGGACCACACAUCUCAGACAAACAAUCCGGGUUCUCAAAGCAGCGAUUGCCCUAAAGGACAAUUCUCACUUGCACCUCAUGUUUGAUCAGGAUGUCUGCUCCCUUCCUUCAAUUGUACAUCUGUCUUUUAUAACUUUGACAUUUCAAUAUUUGUGGAAGACCUUGCAAAGGCUUUCUAAUCCCUUCAACCCCUUUCUAAAAUUUAUUUAUUUGUUUUGAGAGAGAGCAGAGCCUGACACAAGGCUCAAACUCACGAACUGUGAGAUCAUGACCUGAGCCAAAGUCAAGAGUCAGACGCUUAACUGACUGAGCCACCCAGGCGCCCGUCAGCCCUUUUCUAAAGAUUCAAAUAAGUAAGAGAUUAACAUGACAGCAAGGGAUGAGAGAUCCAAGAUUUUUGUGCUAACCAAUUCUUCAACAUGAUGUGUCUUUCUGAUUAAGUUGUACAAAAAUGUUUUCCUGUAUAAAUGCUUUCGCCCUUCUUGCAUAUAGUCCUUCUAAACUAAAAGGUUUAGAUGAAAAUACAGAAUUAAAAAACGUAAAAGAGACAUACUGAUAGCAACAUGUGAAAAUGAAUAACAAAAACCAGAAAAGAAUCCUAACACUCUGGUACCUUGGGAGGCAUGGGGAAGGGGGAAGGGAAAAACAUCAGUGGUCUUUCAGGUCUUUUAGAACCAGCCCUGGAAGCUUCCCCUUCUUCUUGAAUUAAAACCUUGGGGUGUUGCCUUACUGAGCUGCUGUAAGUGCUUUGGACCCAGAAUGACUGCUGAUCCCGCAGUCACACAACAGAGCACACACAGAUGUCAUUCACAUCACCAGGCUGAUAAACUGAUAUCACACAGAAAUAAGACUGAAACAAACCAUCUGUGGUAGUUCUGAAACCAAGGACUAAACUGAAUUAUUCUGUCUGGACUGGGAACCCCAGGGCAGGAACUCUGUUAGUCUGCAGCCAGAUUAGUAUCUGUCCCCUUGGGGUGCCCUCACAUUGUAAACCCUGUUUUUAGGGAAACCACAUUUGCCCCCGGGAUUAUCCUUCUUGCAUGUGAACCCUGACUAUCCUGACACUGCCUCAGCUCCUCUGAAAGCUUCAGGGUAGCCUUCAGCUGUAUUGUGGCCAAAGCUGUGCUGUGCUUGAAUCAAUGCCUUGGACCAGAUAAGACAAGACCCAUAUAGAAACUUAGUGUGGGGGGUUCACGCCUCAGUGAUGCAGUUGCUUAAGCAUCCAACUCUUGAUUUAGGCACAGGUUAUGAUCUCACAGUUUGUGAGUUCAAGCCCCAUGUCCGCCUCUGCACUGACAGUGUGGAGCUUGCUCUCUCCCUCUCUCUCUGCCCCUCCCUGGCUUGUGCUCUGUCUCUAUCAAAAUAAAUAAAUAAACAUUUAAAAUAAAAAGGAACUUAAGGGGGAAGCUUUCUAGCUCUUUAAAGGAAGCCCUACUGGGUAUGGGACCUCUUUUUCUGACUUGGUAACUGAAGACUCAUGGUUAUAUUCAGUUCUUCAGACAGGUUUCAUCCUUCUCAGAAUAAUCUUGAUCAUUGCCUGGUCCACUGUUGUGUCAGACUCAUUACCCAGUUCUGACAUAACUCCUCAAAGUCUCACCCAUUAGAGUUCAUGAUAAUGUCGUCUGUUUCCAACUUAGGUCCUGAAAAGUCAGGGAGUGAAAUUGAUGAUUUGAGCUCUAGGCUGAAAUCCUAUGUGUAAUUUCUUAGGCCCCUCUACUGGCAGUGACAAAAGCUUCACCUCAUAGGCUGGACGUCACAGGGCAAAAACCUCCUCCCACACCAGACUUGGUACACAGCCAUGCAUGGCAGUCUUGGAAGGGAGUGGCGGUCAAGGACCCGGGCCCCCCACCUCCCCGGCAGGCCAUGUUUUUGGUGCACACCUAUACUGCUAGCCCAGAAGCCUUUGCUUGGAGGUGUCCUUAUUUGGAAACCUGGAAGAUACUGUACUCUGGCUCAACACUCAAUACUUUUCCACUCUUAGCCCUCCUUCCUCAAACUCCUUCAGACCCCAGGGUUCACAAAACUGUAGGAAACUUUUUUUCAGGGUUCCCUUGGCAAUGAGACAACCCCCAGGUCUGUGCUGGUCUAUCUGACCCUGAGCUUGUGCACUCUUCCACAGGGGGAGACCUAAUGAGGAAGUUGGCACUGUUAAAAUCAAUAAUAAACAGACACUCAGCCUUUUCCUAAGCAGGCAAACCAGUUUAGUCAUAUAUAAAGUUUAAUUUAACUUAUUUUGCAAGGCUACCUUGACCUGGGUCAUUUCUUGCUUGUGUUUUUGGAAAGCAGAAGCAAAACUUGAACUGUUUCCCACGGUUGAUAUCAGGUAACCACUGACCAAUUCCCUAUCAUUUAUAAGAAAAUUCUAAUAUUGGGGCACCUGGGUGGCUCAGUUGCUUAAACAGCCAACUUAGGCUCAGGUCAUGAUUUCGAGAUUCAUGAGUUGGAGCCCCUCAUCGGGCUCUGUGUUGACAGCUCAGAGCCUGGAGCCUGCUUCAGAUUCUGUGUCUCCCUCUCUCUCUGCCCCUCCUCUGCUCAUGCUCUCUCUCCCUCUCUCUCUCUCUCUUUUUCUCUCAAAAAUAAACAUUAAAGAAAAGUCUAAUAUUAUAACCAAUCAUUGUGAAGAAUAAACAAUCACUGCCUUCUCACUAGAUGAGCUGCUUUAUAUACUCCCACACCUCAUACCGUGUUUUCGGCUGAGUGCUCUUGGUUUGCAAACUGUAUUUUCUGGUGUAUGCAAAAUAAGCCCUUACUAAUUACUACUUUGGCAAUUCACCGGUUUCAUUUCUGUUAUUUAUACAGCACUUUCCCCUGUUCCAGCCUCUUCCUCAUGCUACUGUAGUAAAUGUUUAUCCUUUUUAUUUUUAAUGUUUUAUUUAUUCUUGAGAGAGAGAGAGAGAACAUGAGCAGGGAAGGGGCAGAGAAGAGCAGAGGAUCUGAAGUGGGAUCUGCGCUGACAGCAGAGAUGUCCCAUUAGGAGCUGGAACUCAUGAAAGGUGAGACCAUGACCUGAGCUGAAGUGGUAACUGACAGAACCACCCACAUGCCCCUGUAGUAAAUGUUUAAAGGCUUCACUGUUACUUUUAUUUUGGCUUGCUGAAUUUAAUCAGCUACGUUGAUGCCUGAUUGUUUAGUCCUCCCUAGUUCAUCAGAGCUGCAGACACUCUCAGAGACCAGGUGUCCGUUCUGGGGCUUUUCCUUCCCCACUGCCUCUGAAUUUUGAGUGGUAAUUACACUAUUCGUGUUUCUGGAUCUUUAGGACUUUGCUGGGACAUUAAUGAAUAAGGUGGGUGACCACAGUGGGAAGUCUGGGUGGGCUCGGGAGAAUCUCAGUGCAUAAGAAGCCUUCAGCUCUCAGGAUUAUCCACCGACAAUGUACCUAGAACCAUCACCAGAAGUGAUCAGACAUCUCUCAAUGUGCUGAUCUGUGAUGCUGUUAUUGAAGACUGGCACGCGGACUGCCCCAUGGUUUUGGGAUUCCAAUGGUUUCCUUUUUGCUCAAGGAUAAUACUGCACAAUCUAAUUGAUCCAGACCCCUAAUCUCUCUAAAUUGUCCAACCCCAAAUCUGUUUUUAAUCUCCAAAGGCCUAAGCCCCUCCCCCUCUGCCAUUCUCUCUGUCCUAUCUCUGUCUCGCCUCCAUCCUCAGCUCUGGUGACUCUCAUCUAGUAGGUUGGGGGUGGUAAGUGUGGCUUCAUUUUUUUACUGAGAGGUGCUUGCUACUAAAACCCUACAGGUACAUUCAUAGACUCUAAGUAUUUUCACUUGUUUUUGAGAAUAUUGGAAAGCAAUAACCCAUAUUGUUUUCAAGGUAUGGAGAAAACAAAUCCUCAUAGCAGAUAAAUAAAUGUUAUUUUUCUUUCUAUCAAACAUGCCAUUAUGCUGAGCAGUCAUCUUCAACAAACAUACAAUUUUAUAACAUUUAUAUUUAAUGUGUAACAGGGGCCUGGGUGGCUUAGUUGGUUAGGCAUCUGACUCUUGAUAUCAGCUCAGGUCAUGAACUCACAGUUCCUGGGAUUGAGCCCUGUGUCGGGCUCUGCGCUGAUAGCAGAGAGCCUGCUUGGGAUUCUUUCUCUCCCUCUCUCUCUGCCCCUGCCCUGCUCUUACACUCAUGUGCAUGUGGUCUCUCUCUCUCUUUCUCUCAUUCCCUCUUUCAAAAUAAAUAAAUAAACUUAAACAAAUAAAAUAAAAUAAAAUAAAAUAAAAUAAAAUAAAAUAUUUUUGGUGUUUAAUAUAGUCUAGCAAAACUAGAAUGAACUGAUGACACAAGGGGCACCUGUGCCCUCACUUUGUUCUCGAUGGUCCCAGGACUUCCUGUUCACUAAGAAACUCAUGCACUGCUAAGUACAGAUAUAUCUUAGUCUCCUUGUUUCUGUCUACCUUCAUUAGGUAUAGUACAAGAAUUUUUUUAAAUAGUUUUUAAAAUUUAUUUUAUAAUUUUAUUUUCUUUUUUAACUGUGUAUUUAUUUUUAGAGAGAGAGUGCAUGCGAGUGGGGUAGGGGUCAAGAAAGAGAGAGAGAGAAUCCCAAGCACGCUGCCAGUGCAGGGCCCUUCAUGGGGCUCAGUCUCACAAACUGAGAUCAUGACCUGAGCUGAAAUCAAAAAGUCAGAACGCUUAACUGGCUGAGCCACCCAGGUGCCCCUGGGAUAAGAAAUUAAAAAAACAAAACAAAA